AGACUUGUCCUCAGUGGCGGAGCCGCCGAGCGCUGAUUGGCCGGGGCGAACGCAUUUAUUCCCUGACAAGCCCCCAUCACAUGGAUGGUUGUCUAUUAACUUGUUCAAAAAAGUAUCAGGAGUUGUCAAGGCAGAGAGAGAGAGUGUGUGUGUUUGCAAAAGGGGGUAAAGUAGUUUGCUGGCUCUUUAAGACCGAGGUGGAGAGAGAGAGAGAGGGAGAGAGAGAGGGCGGCAGGCAGAGAAAAGGGAAAAAGGAGGAAGAAGUUUUUUAAAUCCGAGGCUCCGGCGGUAAUAAUAGCAGUUAUUAGCAUUAUUAAUCCAUCAGCGAAGAGGAAGAUUCUGAUCUCGAUCCAAGUGUGGUUUUGGGGAGUCCCCCUCCCCCCUUUCAUACCCCUCCCUAGGAAAAAAAAAAAAAAAAAAGUCCGGCUUGGGACUUCGCCGCCGCCGCUCCGCUUCUCCGCUCCAGGCUGGUUCCAGGCAAAAGUAGUUUGAAUGUACAACAUGAUGGAAACCGAGCUGAAACCUCCCGCCCCCCAGCAAACUUCGGGGGGAGGCACAGGCAACUCCAACUCGGCCGCCAACAACCAGAAGAACAGCCCGGACCGGGUCAAGCGCCCCAUGAACGCCUUCAUGGUGUGGUCCCGCGGGCAGCGGCGGAAAAUGGCCCAGGAGAACCCGAAGAUGCACAACUCGGAGAUCAGCAAGCGGCUCGGGGCCGAGUGGAAACUUUUAUCCGAGGCGGAGAAGAGACCCUUCAUUGACGAAGCCAAGCGGCUCCGAGCUCUGCACAUGAAGGAGCACCCGGAUUAUAAAUACCGACCCCGGAGGAAAACCAAGACCCUGAUGAAGAAGGAUAAGUACACGUUGCCAGGGGGCUUACUGGCGCCGGGCACCAAUACCAUGACGACCGGGGUAGGGGUUGGGGCCACCUUGGGAGCUGGGGUGAACCAGAGGAUGGACAGUUACGCGCACAUGAACGGCUGGACCAACGGAGGCUAUGGGAUGAUGCAAGAGCAGCUCGGCUACCCGCAGCACCCGGGCUUGAACGCGCACAACGCGGCGCAGAUGCAGCCCAUGCACCGCUACGACGUGAGCGCCCUGCAGUACAACUCCAUGACCAGCUCGCAGACGUACAUGAACGGAUCGCCUACCUACAGCAUGUCGUACUCCCAGCAAGGGACCCCGGGCAUGGCCCUGGGCUCCAUGGGCUCGGUGGUCAAGACGGAAUCCAGCUCCAGUCCCCCCGUAGUCACCUCCUCGUCUCAUUCGAGGGCUCCUUGCCAAGCUGGGGACCUUCGGGACAUGAUCAGCAUGUAUCUACCAGGUGCUGAAGUACCAGAACCAGCUGCCCCAAGCAGACUUCAUAUGUCCCAACACUACCAGAGUGCACCUGUUCCUGGCACAGCCAUUAAUGGCACACUCCCUCUAUCACAUAUGUAAGACAAA